AUGGCAGCGUACUUACUGCUCCUAUUGCCGGGGCUUGCCUUAGCAAGCAUUGACGUCCAAGUCUCCGGAAAGUUCAACGCUGACGAUCCAUCAUCAAUGAAGGUGUACACAUCCGGCAACCAAGUCGGAAUCAUCACUGACACGGAGCGAAACACCUUUGGAUUGAACGACAAUAGUUUGAAAAACGCCGUCGACGCUUACUUCGGCAAACGCCCUGAUGAUGCGUACCUGCGCAGUCCUACACCUUGGGGUGAUUUGUACAAGACUUACGGCUGGGACCAGGUCACCAGGACUCUGGUGCCGAGGAACGGCAAAAUACUUGGUAUCUCGUCUAAACCUACCAUAGUUAUGGAGCAGGUCUUCGAGAACAACAGCAGCAAACCAGCAGUCUUCAACGUGGGUAUCUCCCAGACUGUUGAGAAUACCGUAACCUCUUCGUGGAGCAAGGGUGGAGACCUGUCUAUCGGACAAGAAAUCAAUUACGGUUUCGACAUUGAAGUUGCCAAUGGAGGAGGUACCACGUCGCUUUCAUACACUUCCUCAUGGGGAGAAAACACUGAAAAAUCUGAGAGCAUUACUGUUGGAGCUUCAUCAGCUAUGGAGAUCACGUUGCAGCCUGGUCAGGCUGUGAUCGCCCAACUGCAGGCGACCAGAGGCUCCAUCCAAGUGGAGGUUGAGUAUGAUGCAUCAUUGGCAGGUCAAAGCGCAGUCAACUACGCCGAUACCUAUAAGGGACAUCAUUUCUGGGCUCUGGGCAUCAGGAGCGUCAUGUCCAGCGGUGGACUGAGCAACAGCAAGGUGUCAAAGGAAGUCAUCAAUAUCGGUUUCUACUCGAACUCCAAGGUCGUAGUACACGAUAAGACCCUUGGUAACAAAAUCAUGGAAGUGAGCUUUUAA